AUGCUUUACACAUUGGCGCGUCACCUCCUCCUUGGAGUGCCAUGGUAUGGUGUAAUAGUAAAGGUGAUAUGGGGAUUUGAGCUACCAUCGUAUUGUCUGAACUUUGAGGGGACAAACUUCCUGGGAAGCUCUUUCAUCAUGAUUUCUUCGAUCGAAGGAGUAUCUAGUUGGUCGUCCAUGGAGAUCAAUAUCCUCAUGAUGAUCACACUGAGCUGUAGAAUCAUUAUAGGAGUAGGUGUGAUCAUCGUUGAAAAUAUCUAUUGGGAGCUUCAUGGCAUCGUUGUACGUUAUUCACUACAAAAGCUGGAUCAUGAGAGUUUUUGGAAAUAUCGCUGGACUAAGCUGCUGGAGCUGUUAGCUAAGCUAGUGGAACUGUUGGCCAAGCUACCUGAGCUGUUGGCUGAGUUGGAUGGGCUGUUGGCAGAGCUAGUGGACCUAAGCUCACGAGCUGAGUUGGAUUUCCCUCCAUCGUUUAAGGUUAGGGAGUUUGAUUCCUACUAA